UGUGUGCGUGCGUGCGUGUGUGUGUGUCGGUGUCGCACCACCAUGCCAAGGUCUUUCCUGGUGAAAAAGGUGAAACUGGAUGAUUUCUCCACCGGAGCGGAUUUGGAGAACGUCUACCGGCACAGGACAGACCUCAGCCUGCGGCUCCACGACAAAGCUGGGUACAUCAGUGACUACAUCAGCCCUGUUGUGUACGAUGGUGAGAGUGAUGGUGGGCUCAAGAUGCCCUCCCCUGACCCCCUCUACGAUGGUAUCCACAGUGACUACGGGGCCCCUGACUCUGAGUCCCCUGACAGUCCUGGCUCAGAAAUCACCGAUGGUUACAUCAAUGGAGAUGCUGCAGUGAGUGAGGGUUACACAGUCGACGCCUUCUUCAUCACCGACGGCCGCUCAAGGAGGAAAGCUAUCAGCAGUCCCAGGACCAUCCAGAGGCACACCUGCAACGAGUGCGGCAAAACCUACGCCACGUCUUCCAACCUGAGCCGGCACAAACAGACACACCGCUCACUGGACAGCAAGCUGGCAAAGAAAUGUCCGACCUGCGGUAAGGUGUACGUGUCCAUGCCCGCCAUGGCCAUGCACCUGCUCACUCACGACCUCAAGCACAAGUGUGAUGUGUGUGGGAAGGCGUUCAGUCGACCCUGGCUUUUACAGGGCCACAUGCGCUCUCACACGGGCGAGAAGCCAUUCGGAUGCGCCCACUGCGGGAAGGCCUUUGCUGAUCGCUCUAACCUGCGUGCUCACAUGCAGACCCACUCGGCCUUCAAGCACUUCAAGUGUAAACGCUGCAACAAGACCUUCGCGCUCAAGAGUUACCUGAACAAGCACUACGAGUCUGCCUGCUUCAAAGGCCCCUUCUCUCCCCUCGGCCCCCUAGAUGCAUGACCCCCCUGCAUAGAUGAAACAAGAGACAAAACUGCAGACAUAAAUUACCAUUAUCCUUACAGACUGAACUGCAGACACAAACAAUCUAUUUUUGGUCAGAAUAUGACCUUGCUUUCCCUCCUCCCCCUAUCUCACCUCCCCCCACCUUGCUUUCCCUUGGAGCCUAUUCAUGAUGAUGAAGAUAGCACAAUUUUUCUCCUUGAGAUUUGCCCACUUAAGGAUUUAACUGAUCUACGCAUGCACUUCCUCAAAAACUCUUCACCUCCUCUUCCUCUGUCUGUUCUGGAUGGAGACAAUAAUACUAACACGGCUUCCUUCUGGCAUCUAGAUACAGUAUGGCGUCAUAUAUUUUGGGACAGUGAUGAUGAUGAUGAUGAUGAGGAUGACGACAAAGACAAUUGUAAGCCUCUAGCUACUGGGUUCCUCCCUGCACUGAAACGCAGUGAAAGAGUUUUUCCUUCUGAUUUUGAUUUUUGGGGGAAUAAUAGUAAUAAUAAUAGUAAUAAUAAUGAUAAUAAUGUUCUGCUGCACCA